GGCGGGGACAGGCCCGGCCCCGCCCCUCCCGUCUCACGAGCCGGAAGGGGCGGGGCCGUGCGUGACGUGGCGGGAUGGCGGAGUCCUACGUGAAGCCGGGGAACCGGGAGCGCGGCUGGAACGACCCCCCCCAGUUCUCGUACGGGCUGCAGGCGCAAGCCGGGGGCUCCCGCCGGACCCCGCUCACCCGCCGCGCCCCCGCCCCGCCCGCGGGGGCACCCCCAGGUGCCCCCGCGGACCCGCCCAGUGCCCCCGCCGACCCCACAGCGCCGCCCCCCCGGGCGCUGGGGCCGCCCCCGCUGGGUUCUGUCGGCGCUGCCCCGCGGGCCGAGGGCCGGCCGAGCGCGGCGUGCUCCGAGCGGGAGGAGUGCAGCGUGUCCGCAGACACCGUCCUUGCCCCGCUGCGGGCAGCCCUGGACGCCUGCCGGGCCACGGUGCAGAAACAAGUGUGCAAUGAUAUCGGGCGGCGGCUGACAGUGCUGGAGGACGCGUGGGCUCAGGGGAAGCUGUCGGCGCCAGUGAGGAAGAGGAUGAGCCUCCUGGUGCAAGAGCUUCAGCAGCAGCACUGGGAUGCAGCUGAUGAGAUCCACCGCUCGCUUAUGGUGGACCACGUGAACGAGGUGAGCCAGUGGAUGGUGGGUGUCAAGCGCCUCAUCGCUGAGACCCGGGACCUGCCCACCGGAGAGACGGAGGGCAGCGCUGACACCGAGCCCCGGGACCCGCCCACCGGAGAGACGGUGGGCAGCGCUGACACCGAGCCCCGGGACCCGCCCACCGGAGAGACGGAGGGCAGCGCUGACACCGAGCCCGCGACCGAACCGAAGCAGGAGGGGCCCUGACACCAGGGACGGGGCUGCGGACUGUGAGCGGGACAGCCCCUGCCCAGGGCCACCGGCAGGAACAGGGCCCCUGCAGCUGGAGGGAGUCUGGGCACCCCCUCCGCCUCCCAAUCCUCAUCCAGGAAAAGGGGAUUUUAAUCAUUGCGACAUUUUAGUGGCGAUUCAUUAUGUUUAAUAAACAGCACCAACCUGCCCCCUCCUA